AUGGUGAGCGAACUCGGGUACAAGGUCGAGCCACAAUGGCAUUCGAAACCAAAUUUCAUUCGAGUCAUUUGUGUUGGCGCCGGUGCGGCAGGCCUGUUGGUGGCGUACAAAAUGAAGAAAAAUUUCAAGAACUACGAACUCGUCUGCUAUGAGAAGAACUCCGGAAUUGGUGGAACAUGGUUUGAGAAUCGAUAUCCAGGUUGCGCUUGUGAUGUUCCCGCACACGCCUAUACCUAUUCAUUCGAACCGAAUCCAGAAUGGUCGACUUUUUACGCCUAUGCGCCCGAGAUCAAGCAGUAUUUCGAGAAAUUUGCCGACAAGUAUGAUCUCCACCCGAACAUAAAGCUGAAUUCCAAGGUUCUGUCGGCAACCUGGGUGGAGGACAAAGGCAUAUACGAGGUUGAAGUUGACGUCGAGGGUCGUAAGAUCAACGACUGGUGCCAUGUCAUCAUCAACGGCACCGGCUUCCUCAACGAUUGGAAGUGGCCAAAGAUCGAAGGACUACAUGACUUCAAGGGAAAGCUUCUUCAUAGCGCGAACUGGGACUCUUCGGUUGAUUAUACGGACAAGACAGUCGCCGUCAUUGGGACGGGGUCGUCUGCCAUCCAAAUUGUGCCCCAGGUGCAGAAGAAAGCAAAACACCUGACGACCUUCAUGAGGUCUGUGACAUGGAUUUCUCCACCCGUCGGAGGCCAAGUUCUCGAAGAGGACAAGAGCCACUCGUCGGACUCGAAGCAGGCCCAGGCGCCUCAAGCACAGUACUGGUAUACAGAGGAGGACAAGAAGAAAUUCCGCGAAGACCCCCAAGCCUUGCUCGAAUACCGAAGGAAACUCGAAUCUAGUGUUAACAACCUGUUCGAUAUGUUCAUCGCUGGAUCGGAGACGUCGCAGUGGGCCGAGAAGCUGAUGCGCGAGGAAAUGCAUCGGCGGAUCGGACCAGGGCACGAGGAGUUGAAGGAGAAGUUGAUUCCAAAAUGGGCGCCGGGCUGUCGAAGGAUUACUCCCGGUGAUGGUUAUCUUGAGGCAUUAGUCAAAGACAAUGUGACACCCGUCCAUAAUGAGAUCGUCAAGGUCGUCCCUGAAGGAUUGAUCGACGAUGCUGGACGACUGCACAAGGUCGACAUUCUUGUUUGCGCCACAGGUUUCAACCUUGCGUUCGCGCCCCCAUUCAAAGUCCUCGGAGUCAACGGUGUCAGUAUGGCGGAUGAGUUCAACCCUGAACCACAGGUUUAUCUCGCUCUUACGGUGCCGAAAUUCCCCAACUAUUUCGUUGUCAAUGGUGUCCGAGGCAACUGGGCGGCUGGCACAGCUCUCCCCUCGCAUGAAGUCCAAGUCGAAUAUAUCCUGCAAUGCAUGAAGAGGAUGCAGGAGGAGAACAUCCGAGCCCUCGAGGUUAAGAUGGAGCCAGUAAAGCAACUGUACGAGCAUAUUGACGAAUGGCACAAAGGCUCUGUCUGGAACAGCGACUGCAAGAGGUAA